AUGGCAACAAAUAUAAUGAUUAACGAUGUAUUGGAUGAGUUAAGCGAAGAAAAUCAAAGACUAUUUGAUGAAUUAAGAUAUUGUAAGCAAAUGUGGGAAAUUAUUUCGCAUAAAAGAUAUUUCAAUGAACUCGAUGUCCAAUACAAUGAACUGAAGAGUCGACAACAAGAAGAAGAAGACAACAAUAAUUCAGAUGAUGUUAAUAAUUAUGAUGAAGAAAAAGAAGAAACUGGCGAUAAGUUUACGGCGAGUCGACGACAAAGUAAACGGAUUAUCAAAACUGAAAGAAAAAGUGAUUAUAAUUAUGAUUAUAAUGAUAACAUCGAUGACUUUGCUGAUGAUUAUGAUAAUGAAUUGUUGGUGAAGACAACAACAACAACAACAACACCGACAAAGAAAAACAAGAGACGCAAGAAAUUUACAGAAGAAAGUGACAGCGAUUUUGCCGUUGAUAACGAAGAUAGUGAUUACAACAACAACAACAACGAUGACCAACAAUUAGUGGACUCAGCCGACGAUGAUAAUGAUAGUCCAGUAGUACCAUCAAAACGAAAAGUACGGAAAAGUGCUAAAAAAAUACGUGUCAAACGAUUGCGUUGUCAUUGGGAAGGAUGCGGUAAAAUGUUUCGCGAAAGAGAGUAUCUGGUGUCACACGUCCGCAACCGACAUACUGGCGAACGGCCGUUCAAAUGUCCAGAUUGUGACCGUAUGUUUGCUACCGAAUUGCUGGUAAAACGUCACCAGAAGACCAGUCAUUCAGAUGAUAAAGUCAUUUAUCAAUGCUAUGGUUACGAUGGCUGCGACAAAGAGUAUACUACACGUCAUGCACUCGACGAACAUCAGCGUCGACAUCAUCAGGGAUUUGUCGGACAGUUUAAGUGUGAUGUUAACGAUUGCGACAAAAGAUUCUUUAAAAAUUAUUUACUUCAAAAACACAAACGUACGGUACAUUUGGGCGACAGGCCCUACCAGUGCUCGUGGCCCGGCUGUGAUAAACGAUUCAAAGUUAAAGCCCAUUUAGACAAUCAUAGCCAACGACACGAAGGCGUCCAAAAGUAUUGGUGUCUGUUUGAUGGUUGCAAUAAAGUCUAUACAACCCAACAGGAUUUAAGUGCACACAAAUACGCCCACACCCGACCGUACGAGUGCACGUGGCCCGAGUGUGGGGCCAGAUUUCGGGCAAAUAAUAAACUAACAGAUCAUAUGAAUGGACAUCAGGGACUCAAACCACAUAAAUGUCAUUUUCCCGAUUGCGAUGUCAGUUACAGUGCCCGUACAUCACUAGAACAUCAUUUGAAACAUAAACAUAAUUAUAUGAAAUCAAAUAAUAGAUAA